AUGUCAUUACCACCCCCAUACUACAACGACGAUCCAAAGUCAUUUGCCUAUCCAACCAUUCAUAAACGUUGGCCAACAAUCAUUGAAGGAGCAAUUGACGAUGUGAAAGCCGCUCCAACUACUAAAUACUCCUCCGAAUCCCAAGCUAAGAUCUUACAACAAUUGCAGGAUCUCUUAAAGGCAUUCAAAAACGAUGAAGUAGUUCGUGAAUUCACCCAAGAUGAAAUCUUACUCAAUCCCGACUUGAUCCAUUAUAAUAAAGCAUUAAUUGACUUACAUAUGGUUAAGAAAGUUACUUGGCAAACUGGUCCUUGGUUAUAUCUUGAAUGUUAUCUUUAUCAAUAUAUAAACAAUUUCUUUUUGGAAUCAGAAUGGGAUGAUUUUGAUAUUUUUGAAAAUUUAAAGACUAAAACUUUUAAACAAUCCGAAUCAGGUGUUUUGGAAUUAUGUAAACGUUAUGAAAGUUUAGCUAAUCAAAUUAAAGAUUUAGGAGAAUCGGAUGAUACUCUCAAGUUAUUAUUUCAUGAAUUUUGUGAUAUUUCAUUAUGGGGGAAUGCUACUGAUUUGUCAUUAUUAGCUGGAAAUGUGACUUUGGAAGAUAUAAAAUCGGUUCAAGGUGCUGAAGUCCGUAAGAAGAAUGAAGAAAAGAUUUUAAUUAAUGAUUUGGAUCAAGCUUGGGAAUGGUAUGUUAAUAAACGUCAAGGAAGUAGAGUUGAUAUUGUUUUGGAUAAUUCUGGAUUUGAAUUAUUUGCUGAUUUGAUAUUAGUUUUAUUCUUAUUGGAUAGUAAAUUAUCAAAAGAAGUUCAUUUACAUUGUAAAGAAAUUCCAUGGUUUGUAAGUGAUACCAUGCCAAAGGAUUUCCAAGAUUUAUUGAAUCAAUUGAAAGAUUCAGAAUUCUAUCCAAAUAUUCAUCAAGAACAUCCAAGUGCAAUUGAAUUGGUUUAUCAAGAAAUUAAAAACUAUUAUGAAUCAGGAAAGAUUAUUAUUGAUCAUGAUCCUUUCUGGACAUUACAUUAUAAUUAUUGGGAUAUUCCUAAAUUUGAUCAACUUUAUUCGAAAUUAUUAAAAUCAGAUUUAAUUAUUUUCAAAGGUGAUUUAAAUUAUCGUAAAUUAACUGGAGAUUUACAAUGGGAUAAAACCACCCCAUUCAAAACUGCCAUUCAACAACUUGAUGGAUCAAAAUUACCUAUUCUUUCUUUGCGAACAUGUAAAGCAGAUGUUGUCGUUGGAUUACCAGCCGGAAUUAAUGAGAAAUUAAUUGAGGAAUAUAAAAAGAUGGGUAAUGAAAUUGGAGAAUUCUGGAGUAGUUCAGGUAAAUGGGCAGUUGUAUCUUUCAACAAUGGUGAGUAA